AUGCAGGAAUUGGUUCAACAUAUCAAAAACAUCUGUGAUCAGAUAGCUGAAGAGAUUGAAUCCGACAUAACCGAGGCCUGUAACAAAGCAACCCCUACAGCAGCCAAACUGGCCACGGAGACAGUAUCUCGCUGGGGCGCACCGGUUAACCGUUCAAAUCGUGCUGAAGGAGGAUAUUACUGGGCGACUUAUAAAGCCCUAUGCCGUCGUGAUGGUGUCUACGCCAAUGCCCAGGGGCAACACGACUGGAACGCUGAGCUCAUAGAGCCUAUCAUAAAGGCUGUGGCCCCAGGUUGGGAAAAGAUCUUUUCGCGACGUAUCUUCACAAUCUUCAGCAAUGCCGGGUCGGAAGGCGCAAAUUUUCUUAAAAAGUUCCACGACAAUGUAUAUAAGAAGAUUACUCAGACUACGGGGCCACUCGGAAGCAUUCAUAUGCUCUCGCAGCAGUUGCGCGUCUAUCAGCAGUCUGUCAAAGAGCUUUUCAACCAGCAAGCGUUGGAUAUUUCGGCGCAAUCGAAGGACAUUAACCGCAUGUUUGAGCCGGUUAUUGUCGAAUCAAUGAUUCCUGCGUAUACUAGUUGUGUCGAAGAACGAGGCCCCGGAAGUUUCAUGCGCAUGAAAGCUACCAUGUCUUCUCAUGUAUCUGACAACCGUGACUCGAUGUUUGAGAAGAGUGUUGAUGUAGUUGAAGCGGCUCUUAACAGGAUGCUCGAGUCCGUAGAGGAAGCCCUGCUUGCCAGUACAGAUACUACUCUUAUGUCGUUGAAACGCGACUACAGGUCGGCGGUUGUUGGUAGCCAGUCGGCGGCUGGUGGUAUCCUGCCUAGGGAAAAACGUGCUGCACUUCAGGAAUUGCUGAAGCAUAUCAUGGAGAGCGAGACAUCCUACAAAGAAUUGAUUCAGCCCGAAAUCAAGAAGGACGUUUCGAGUGAAGCGGUUGCUGAUGUCCAGGAUCAGGAGACCACACCGGAGUUGAAGGAGAAUCCAGUUCUCGUCAAGAAAGAGGGGGCAACCGAAACGUUGCUAUCGUCUUCCGCUGCGGCUAGCCCCAUCAAACAGGAACCAACUGAUGCUGUCUCCUUUGAGAAUCACGAAAUAAAGAUUAAACCCGACCCAGAUGAUGAUGACAUGGCAAAUUCCCAAUUAGCAGCCGGUGAGACAUAG